AUGGAGCCGCUGUGGGAAAACAUCUCACACAGACAUUUUAUUUUUAACGCCUUCGCUGACCUCGGCCCACUAAGACCACUCGUUUUCAUCCCUGUAUCCGUCCUGGUCAUUGUGUCGCUGUUUGCCAACUGCCUGCUGCUUUAUAUCAUCAUUUCUCAGAAAAGCCUCCAUUCUCCGAUGUACAUCCUGAUCGCCUGCAUGCUGGGCGUCGACCUGAGCCUUCCGAUGCUCAUCCUCCCCAACCUGAUGUUGAACCUGUUGUUUGACCUGAGAGGAGUUUCUUUGAGCGGCUGCUUGGGUCAGAUGUUUUUUCUUCACAUUUUAGGAACUUGUCAGUCUACUCUGCUGCUCCUGAUGGCAUUGGACCGGUACUUUGCCAUCUGCAGCCCACUCCACUAUCAAGAGCAUGUGUCUUUAACUAGAUUCCUCAAGUUUGUGUUACCCCUUCUGACCAGAAACGUGGUCAUGGUGUCAUUAGUGGUGAGUCUUGCAGGACGGUUGCCCUUCUGCUUUUCGAACAUCAUAAACCACUGCAUCUGUGAACACAUGGCGCUGGUGGAGCUGGCCUGCGGUGCCACCACCGCCAACAGUCUGGUUGGGUUGAUGACAGUGAUCUUUGUUACCGUGCUGGACUUUUGCUUGAUCAUCACCUCAUAUGUGGUCAUAUUCCACACCGUGCUGCUUUCAGGAAAAUCUGGGAGCAAAGCUCUUCACACCUGCAUCACUCACAUCAUCGUUAUGGUCGUCAGUCUGGCCUUCGUGCUUACAGUUUCUGUAGCGUAUCGGACCAGAAACAGUCUCCCAGCUGCCACUCGAGUCUCCAUCAGCAUUAUGUACCUGUUUGUUCCCAGCUGUUUCAACCCGAUCAUCUACGGCAUCAGAACCACAGAAAUACGACAGCACAUCCUGAAGGCUCUAUCAUUUUCUCGGCCUGUCCCAUCUGCAAACCAUCCUUGA